AUGCCGCGCGCCCGCGACUUCGCCGAGCCCGAGUACUCGGCCGACUGCUCGGCCGACUACUCGGUGAGCCUGCCGUCGGACGCGGAGCGCGCCGCGGGCCGCGCGCACGAGGUCACCGUGCGCCGCUCGGGGCCCUGCCUCUGCCUGCCCCGCUUCAUGCGCCUCACCUUCGCGCCCGCCUCCUUGGAGACCCUCUACCAGACCUACUUCCGACGGCAGCGCCACGACACGCUGCUGGUGCUCGUGGUCUUCGCCGCCCUCUUCGACGUCUACGUGCUGGCCACGUGCGCGGCGGUGGCGGCGGCCGAGCGGCUGGCCCCGGCGCUGGCCGCCGCCGCCGGCCUGGCCGCCCAGGCGCUGCUCUUCGGCCUCUGCAAGUCGGGGCUGCUGCCCGAGCGCGCCGCGCGCCGCUUCCUGCCCUACGUGCUCUGGGCGCUCAUCCUGGCGCAGCUCUUCGGCUACCUGGGCCUGGGCGCCGGGCGCCGCCACGAGCCCGCCGACACCGUGGGCUGGCAGGCCUUCUUCGUCUUCUCCUUCUUCCUCACGCUGCCGCUGCGCCUGGCGCCCAUCGUGCUCCUCACGGCCGCCUCGUGCGGCCUCCACACGCUCGUGCUCGGCGUCGCCGUGGCCCAGCAGCACCAGGGCGCCCUGGACCAGGGCGCUCUGCUGCGGCAGAUCCUCUCCAACGUUGCCAUCUACCUGUGCGCCAUCACCGUGGGCACCAUGUCCUACUACAUGGCGGACCGCAAGCACCGCAAGGCCUUCCUGGAGGCGCGCCAGUCGCUCGAGGUGAAGCUCAACCUGGAGGAGCAGAGCCAGCAGCAGGCGGCGAAACCCUCGUUCCCCAACCCGCGGCGGCGGCUGCGCCUGCGCGACCUGGCCGAGCGCGUCAUCGACGCCUCGCAGAACGAGCAGGAGCUCAACAAGCUGCUCAACGAAGCGCUGCUGGAGCGCGAGUCCCUGCAGGCCUUGAAGGGCAAGAGCACCUUCCGCCUCUCCAUGCGCUUCAUGGACCCCGAGAUGGAGACGCGCUACUCGGUGGAGAAGGAGAAGCAGAGCGGGGCGGCCUUCAGCUGCUCCUGCGUCGUCCUCUUCUUCACGGCCCUGGUGGAGAUCUGCAUCGACCCCUGGCUGGUGGCCAACUACGUGACCUUCGUGGUGGGCGAGAUCCUGCUGCUCAUCCUGACCGUCUGCUCSCUGGCCGCCGUUUUCCCCAGGGUCUUUCCCAAGAAGCUCGUGGCCUUUUCCACGUGGAUCGACCGGACCCGCUGGGCRCGCAACACCUGGGCCAUGGCGGCCAUCGUCAUCGUGACCAUGGCUGACAUCGUGGACAUGCUCAGCUGCCGGCAGGACUACGUGGGGCUCGGCAACGGCACGGCGCYGCGGGCCGGCGGCUGCGGCGAGCAGCCCAACUACUACAGCUACAUCGCCCUGCUGGCCCUGGUGGCCACCAUCAUGCUGGUGCAGGUCAGCCACAUGGUCAAGCUGACCCUCAUGGUGCUCAUCACGGCGGCGGCCGGCGCCGUCAACAUCUGCGUCUGGGGGCACCUCUUCGACCAGUACGACCGGCGGCGGGGCCAGCACAGCGCGGCCACGCUGCUGCCCUCCAAGUACUCCAUGACGGCCAUGAUCUUCGUGGUGAUGCUCAGCUUCUACUACUUCUCCCGCCACGUGGAGAAGCUGGCCAGGACCCUCUUCCUCUGGAAGAUCGACGUCCACGACCAGAAGGAGCGGGUCUAYGAGAUGAGGCGCUGGAACGAGGCUCUGGUCACCAACAUGCUGCCCGAGCACGUGGCCCGGCACUUCCUGGGCUCCAAGAAGCGGGACGAGGAGCUGUACAGCCAGUCCUAYGACGAGAUCGGCGUCAUGUUCGCCUCCCUCCCCAACUUCGCCGACUUCUACACGGAGGAGAGCAUCAACAACGGGGGCAUCGAGUGCCUGCGCUUCCUCAACGAGAUCAUCUCCGACUUCGACGCGCUCCUGGACGAGCCCCAGUUCAGGUGCAUCACCAAGAUCAAAACCAUCGGCAGCACCUACAUGGCCGCCUCCGGAGUGACGCCCGACGCCAGCGCCAACGGCUACAGCACCAAGAAGGAGCCCCUCUCGGAUAAGGAGCGCUGGCAGCACCUAGCCGACCUGGCCGACUUUGCCUUAGCCAUGAAGGUGACGCUGAUGAACAUCAACUACCAGUCCUUCAACAACUUCAUGCUCCGCAUAGGCAUGAACAAGGGCGCCGUGCUGGCGGGGGUGAUCGGCGCCCGCAAGCCGCACUACGACAUCUGGGGCAACACGGUCAACGUGGCCAGCAGGAUGGAGUCCACCGGCGUCAUGGGGAACAUACAGGUGGUGGAGGAGACCCACCUCAUCCUGAAGGAGUACGGCUUCCGCUUCGUGCGCCGCGGGGCCAUCUACGUGAAGGGCAAAGGGGAGCUGCUCACCUUCUUCCUCAAGGGCCGCGAGAAGCAGGGCUCCUUCCUCAACGGCUCCUCGGUCACGCUGCCCCACCAGGUGGUGGACAGCUCGUGAGGGCGCCCGCCUUGGAAACCCAACCCAAGAACCGCSCCGCUCUCCCCGCCGCCGUCCUUCCCA